CCAUCACUAGAGUGUCUGCUGCGGCCGUUUCAUUUCUGUAAUUAUUUUUCGUAUUGUACCAAGCCGUGAAUAAUGUAAACUAAUUAUUGGGGAACCCAAGGGCACAAAAUGCGCGCGCGUUGCCAAAGGAGCUAGAAUGCUAUAGAGUUUUCGUGCCGAAAUCAUAUUGGUUUGCUUUUCCUGCUUGUGCUCCUCGUCCGUCGGCCAUUAAGACACACAACAGAGAAAACGGGAAAACAAUACUCGUGUGUGUGUGUGUGUGCGAGUGUGCGUUGAAGUGUUGUGAGCUCGGAAAGAAGCCAGUGGGAAAAAGAAAAGCGUUCUCCAGGCCGUGAAAUUCUAAGCGUUUCCUCGACUGCAAGCGGCGUACAGGGUGCACCGUGCAAAAAAGCAAAGACAACCAAGCUGUUUUCUGGCCUUAGAACAGCUGUGCAUUAAGGGGCGGUAGACGAAGCGAGGCGGAGGAAGCAGGAGCUAACCAGAAGAGCCAGAGGCACUCGAAGUCAAAGGCAUGUCCAGCGAGGAAGACAAACCACCAGCGCCGCCCGUGCGUCUCACCAGCAAUCGAGGCGGCAUCGAGCGAUCUGUGGGGGGAGGAGUGGGCGUCGGCGGCGGAGGACUGGGGGGUGGGGGGGUCGGCGAUGUACCGCCCGACAUGCGUCCGCUGCCCAAAGAACCCGACGACUCCGACCGGAAGAAGAAAACGCUGAAGAGCAAGAUCAAGGGCUCGAAACCCUCGCACGCGGACUCCAAGCCAAACAUCUCCUAUCCCACGAACUUUGAGCACACGGUCCAUGUGGGUUUCGAUGCUGUAACCGGCGAGUUUACGGGAAUGCCGGAGGCAUGGGCGCGUCUGCUGAUGAACUCGAACAUCAGCAAGCAGGAGCAAAAGAAGAAUCCCCAGGCCGUUCUCGAUGUGCUCAAAUGGUUCGAUAACACAACCAAACAGAGGCCAAGUUCCAAGUACAUGACAAAUGCUAUUACGACGCAUUCAGGCUCGUCGCUUAGUCGGGUCAGUAGUAGCAGUCCAAGCAGCACACCCACGGACUCGGAGCUGCACGGCUCCAAUAGCGGUGGCAACCUGAUCGGCGUUCAGCUGGGCAGCAUGACCUUGGGACCCAAUGCCAACAACGUGGCUGUGGCUGGCCAAAUCCUGGGCAAUCACUACCAACAGCAGCAGCAGCACCUCCUUCAGCAGCAGCAGCAGCAACAGUUGCACCAGAAUCACAACCAGCAUCACAUGGGCAUAAGUCAAUCGCACUCGUACAACUUUGUCGGACACACGGCCUCCGCAUCCACAUCGCAACAUUCAUCCGCCAACGAGGACGACAUGCUGGGAUCGCAGCAUCCGCAUCCGCUUCCGCAACAACUACAACAACAGCAGCCGCCUCCGCCACCGGUGGCUUCAAGGCCGGAGCGCACGAAAUCCAUCUACACGCGGCCCAUCGAGGAUCUGCAGCCACCAAUCUUGCCCAUGCCAGCGGCACCAGCGACCACGCCCACAACUCCGCUGCAGAAUCAUCGGGCGCCGGGCGGGAUCACGGCGCCAGUAGCGUCGCCGUUGCUGCAUAACAAUGCCACGACGACGCUGGACAAGAACAAGAACAAUGCAACUCCAACGUCCCCAACAACCACAAAUACAACAGCAGAAACAGAAGGCACCGAUGCAACCUCAACUCUUUUGUCUGCUACUAAUCCUAGUUGUUCUACCACUCCUACUACUGUUCCUGCUCCAGCUGCGUCUCGCGGUAGUCUUGUCGAGACAGCAACAGCACCAGCUACCACUGCAGCAGCAAUAGCAGCAGCCACAGCCACAACGACUAAUCACCAUUCCUCUGCUUCCUCCUUUUCAUCAUUUCCCUCGUUCCACGACGACGAUGCCACGCUCCACACCCUGCCAACGAUCCACUGUCCCACGCCGACGUCUUCCGCUCGCAACUCGACGGUUCCGCCUUCGGUUGCGGUACCCAUGCCGCCCAUCAUCACGCCCGCUUCGCCCACACCCGCCGUUGGAUCUUCAGAUCUGUAUACGACGGAACCGACGGCGGGCCAGGUGGCAGCGGCUGCUGCACCUCCGCCGGCGGCUGGCAACCAAAUCGCCGUGCCCCAGGCGGCGUCUGUCACGCCCAACACGCGUGCAGCCAACGCCAAGAAGAAAAAGAUGUCCGACGAGGAAAUCCUGGAGAAGCUGCGCACCAUUGUCUCCGUGGGCGAUCCAAAUCGGAAGUACACCAAGAUGGAGAAGAUCGGACAGGGGGCCUCGGGCACCGUGUACACGGCCAUUGAGUCGUCGACGGGCAUGGAGGUGGCCAUCAAGCAGAUGAACCUGUCGCAGCAGCCCAAAAAGGAGCUAAUCAUCAACGAGAUCCUUGUGAUGCGGGAGAACAAGCAUCCGAAUGUGGUGAACUACCUGGACAGCUACCUGGUGUCCGAGGAGCUGUGGGUGGUCAUGGAGUACCUGCCCGGCGGCUCGCUCACCGACGUAGUCACAGAGACCUGCAUGGACGAAGGCCAGAUUGCAGCCGUCUGCCGCGAGGUGUUGCAAGCCUUGGAGUUCCUCCACGCCAACCAGGUCAUCCAUCGCGAUAUCAAGAGUGAUAACAUCCUGCUGGGCCUUGACGGCUCUGUCAAGCUGACUGAUUUCGGUUUCUGUGCGCAAAUAUCGCCGGAGCAAUCCAAACGCACAACCAUGGUGGGCACUCCCUACUGGAUGGCACCCGAGGUGGUCACCCGGAAGCAGUACGGACCUAAGGUGGAUCUGUGGUCGCUAGGCAUUAUGGCCAUUGAGAUGGUUGAGGGAGAACCACCCUACCUAAACGAGAAUCCGCUCAAAGCCUUGUACCUCAUUGCCACCAACGGCAAGCCAGAGAUUAAAGAAAAAGACAAGUUGUCCGCAGCAUUUCAGGACUUCCUCGAUCAGUGCCUGGAAGUGGAGGUGGAACGGCGAGCCAGUGCAUUGGACUUGCUGAAGCACCCCUUCCUGAAACUGGCCCGUCCAUUGGCCAGUCUGACGCCUUUGAUCAUGGCCGCGAAGGAGGCAACCAAGGGCAACUGAUUGACAACCAAGAAGAAACCGCUUAUUUAACCAUUACUAAUGAAUUACUACUGCAGAAAACAACAAGAACAACAACAACAGCAACAACCACAAUAGCAACAAUAACAGUUAUGCAUAUGAACAGAUGAUGAAUUAUUAAUGAUUAUGAUUACUAUUAUUAAUUAUUUAUACAAACGUAUUAUAUACAUACAUAUUAUUAUAUUAUAUCUAUUCUAACGAGACAAACAGCAAAACUAAGAAAAACUGCUUACGACAACCAAGAGACACGCGUAGUUCAAUUUCCACAAAUCGAUUUUCUGUUUUCUUAUAUAAAAAAACAAGAAGAUUACACGUUGCUUUGGUCAUUACAUCAUCGAAACACGUUUCUAACAUUUGUUAUACCAAAACAUAAAUUUAAAUUUGUAUAGACCCAAAAUUUGUAUUGAGCAUUUUGAAUGCUUUUCAAAUUGUAUGCUUAAAAAUGAUUUAUAAAGGAGAAAACAAAACACGUAUGUAAUAGUUGUCAAGAUUGAAACAUUAUAAUUGGUAAAAUUUGCAUUUAAAACAAAUUAAAGUAUACAUACAAAUUUGUACAAUGUAUAAAGCACUUAUUUCAUUUACUUUGUCAUUACAUUUCUAUAAGAAAGCUUAAAGAAUAAUUAUAUGAGAGUAUGAACUUUGAAACGCUGUUACUAACCUUAUGACUUGGAGUAUUAUUGCUGAUUUUAGUAAAAGUUUCAUUAAGUUCAUAAACAGCUUUAUUUAAUAAAAAUAUAUUUUUUAUAUGAUUUUAAAAUAUUGUUUUUUGCAUGAUUUUUAGUUGCUUUACUUAAGUUGCUUUGGCUUGAUUUUUUUUUACCCGAGAAGAAUAGAACUCAUCCUUUUCAAGAAAAAAGGUUAACUUUACACUGACCAACACACCCUUUUCUCCAACAUAACUUCCACCCGCCCGUUUAUUGCAAUUUUUUAUGUCUGUAUAUGUAGUUAUAUAUCAAAAUGAAACAUUUAACUGUAAUAGAAUUUACUAUUUAGAUAUAGACACAUAUAGAAGACACAAAGACACCUGUAUUUUUCAAUUUACAAAAAUGAAACGUAUUUUGCACGUCAAAAAGAACAACAAAACUGUAGCAAUAUAUUAAAAAAUAAUUGUAAUGAGAGGGAAUUAUUCAGAGAAACCA